CGCGUAAAAGCGCGUUUCUAAACGUUUUGAGGUGUUUUUUUUUUUCUUCUUCCACCUAAUUGCUGCGUUCAAUCGUCCCGCACAAUCCACGGAACCGCGAACAAAAAUAAGGCACGAAGAGUGAAACUGCUGCACAUUUCAGCGGGCUGACAAACCCUUUGUUUCUUUACGGAAGAGUCAGUUAACGCAGGGAUGCAGCGCUUCUGGGCAGGUGUCCCUGAAGGCGCCGCGGAUCAAACCGGAGCAGGAGGACCUUCAGAUGACUGGAAGCGCUGUCUGUGGUGAGUGAGGAUCAGCCCAUAUUCGAGCCGCCCUACACCGCUGCCCCGGUCAUGCACGUAAAGGUGGAGAUGAUGUCGCCUGGCGGGUACAGCCAGACCUCCAGACAGAGUCCAGAGCCCACCGAGCCGGAGUGGGGGGGCUCAGCGGCACAAAACGCCGGAAAGAGAGGCGAACACGUCAACGGGACCAGCCGGGAGUCUCCGGUGGACUGCAGCGUCACCAAGCGCUCUAGACACAUGAGCAGCGACGGGGCCCCGCUGCCGUACCAGGCCUCGUACCCGGAGCCUCGGGUCAGCCCCCAGACCGCCACCCCGCCCAGCAGCACCACCGAGGAGAAGAGGGUCAUCGUGCCGGCAGAUCCUGAGGUUUGGACGCAGGACCACGUACGGCAGUGGUUGGACUGGGCCAUCAAGGAGUAUGUCCUGGAGGAGGUGGACGUUGUGCUGUUCCAAGCACUCGACGGCAAGGCCCUGUGCAAGAUGACUAAAGAAGACAUGAUGCGGCUCACGUCGGCCUACAACGCAGACAUCCUCCUCUCACACCUCAGUUACCUCCGACAGAGUAGCCCCACGUUCUCGUACUCCUCCAAUCCCACAAACACUCCACCUCCACCACCACAACAGCAGCAACCACCCAGACUGCAGGUCAAAGCAGAGAGCGGUUUUGAUGAGAUCAGCCGCAGGAACAGCUGGCCGCCAAACACCAUGACUGCAGUGCCCAAAGGUUCUUCCAUGGAGCACCAACACAGCACACGAGUUACAGAACCUCCUUCAAGAAUUGUACAAGAUCCGUAUCAAACAUUAGGGCCCAUCAGCAGCCGACUGGCCAACCCAGAAGGCCAAGCCCUCAGCUCAUCCAAGAACCGAACGGGCAAACAAAGUCCAUACAAGCUCCCUGACCCCAGCGCUCACAGGCCUGUGGGCUCGGGGCAGAUCCAGCUGUGGCAGUUCCUCCUGGAACUGCUGUCUGACAGCAACAAUGCCAGCAUCAUUACCUGGGAGGGCACAAACGGCGAAUUCAAGAUGACCGAUCCAGACGAGGUGGCCAAGCGCUGGGGCGAACGCAAGAGCAAGCCCAACAUGAACUACGACAAGUUGAGCCGUGCCCUGCGCUACUACUACGACAAGAACAUCAUGACGAAGGUCCACGGCAAACGCUACGCCUACAAGUUUGACUUCCAGGGCAUCUCACAGGCACACCAGAAUCACGCUGCAGAAGGCGGGAUUGUUAAGUACCAGACUGAGAUGUCUUACGUGCAGCCCUACCACAGCCACCAGCCCAAAAUGAACUUCAUGGGUGGCCAUCCUGCGCCUAUGCCCGUCUCCCCCGGCAACUUCUUCGGCCCUCCGUCGACAUACUGGAACUCACCAAACAGCCCCAUCUACCCUGGGUCAGCCAUGACCAGACAUCCUGCCACUCACUCCCACCUGAGCUCGUACUACUGAGGACGUUCAUUUCGCACCCAAACAGGACGACACAGGAGACAAACCCAAGUGUGCUACAAAACAAACGCACCCGGCAGCACGUGAGCUGAACCCUGUCUGAAAUGAAGGUGGUAUGACGCUACGGUCCGUGUUGUAAAGGCAUUAUGAUGUCGUCUUCAUCACAUUCCUUCUCAAAAAUGGACAAAAAGUGAGGUUUAAUUAACUCUGGCAUUGUACUCUUGCAAGAGUUUUAAGAAUAUACCGAUGACAUACUGUAUUAACGGUUACUCAGUUAUGAAAGUUUUCUUCACAUUUGUAAGUACUUCGUUUGAUAUUACCUGUUGCAAAGAUAAAAGUAUUUGCUGUGUGAGUAGCAUAACGGUUUUAUAACUUUCCACGUCACAGGUCGAAACUGCAGUUAUGACAUUCAAAGACCUGACAUUUUGUAAAAGAAUUUGUACAGAAUGAUGUAGCAAUGAAACAUUUAAGCAUGAUGUAAAGCUAAUAAAUAACGCUUGCACCA